AUGACUUCAUCGUCUACUCAUCCUUUUUUAACAUUACUAAAAAAAAAUUAUGGUCGAGGAAGUGAUUGUUCAUUAAAUCAACAAGGUAUUAAUGAGUUACAGGAUGCCAUUGGAUUUUCAACAUUACCUGAUCAAAUACAUAAAAAAACGCUUAAACGUGGCUUUGAAUUUACAAUUAUGGUUGUUGGCAAAUCUACAUUUAUCAAUACGUUGUUUAUGACAGAAUUAUAUUCGGAUAGAGCAUCGCCAAAUGGUUCCUCAUCACCGAUUGGUAAAGUUCAUACGCAUCGAACUGUUCAGAUUGAAACACGAACAGUUGAACUUGAAGAAAAAGGUGUUAAACUACGCUUAACGGUUGUUGAUACACCAGGAUUUGGCGAUGGUCUUAAUUCAACUGAUUGUUGGAAACCAAUCUCUGAAUUUAUUGAUCAACAAUUUUUAAAAUAUUUUCAAGCAGAAACAAGUUUUGGUGUUGAACGAAAAUAUGUACAAGAUCAACGUGUUCAUUGUUGCCUUUAUUUUAUUCCACCUAGUAUUAGAGGAUUAAGACCGAUUGAUCGAGAUUUUUUAUUUCAUUUACAACAUAAAGUGAACGUUAUCCCCGUCAUAGCAAAAGCAGAUACAUUGAUAAAAUCAGAAUUAGCAGCGUUAAAAAAACAACUUCUAAAUGAUAUAGAGAAACAUGGUAUUCAAUUGUAUGAUUUUCCAGAGAGUGAUGCCGAUCAAGACGAAGAGAGUCUUCAAUUAGAUCGAACAUUAAGAGAGUCGAUUCCAUUUGCUAUUAUAGGCUCAAAUGCCAUACUUGAAUCAAAUGGUCAUAAAAUACGUGCUCGCACCUAUCCAUGGGGUGUGAUUGAUGUUGAGGAUGCAAAAUACAGUGAUCUACCACAUUUAAGAGAAAUGUUAUGCAAAACUCAUUUGCAAGAUUUGAAAGAUAUUACAUCGGAUGUUCAUUACGAAAAUUAUCGUGCACAACAAAUGAUAGGAAAGAAAACAAUAAACGAUAUUUAUGAAGAUGAUCCUUAUGAAUCUGACGAUACAAAACAGAAACUUUUACAACAGAAAGAUGAACAAAUACGCGAAAUGAAACAACUUCUACACGAUAUGCAGCAAAAAAUGAAUCCAUAUCAUACAAUUAGCAACAACAGUGAAAGUGGAGAAAGAUCAAUUAAAAUUUAA